AAUCCGAUCGUAUUUAUAUCUUUAUUUAUCCGUCUCUGAAUAUAUAUAAUAUUGCCUUAUUUUUCUACAAAUUAAUCUGUAUAAGGUACAUACGUACAAAGACGCCGUUGAGGCGGAAUAUAAUUCGGAACGAUCGUUAUCGUCGGGGAUUUUGCGGUAAGGGAAGACCCGCGAAUCGCGAGUAAUUAUAAAUCCUUGGUCUCGGUUUCUAACUCCUUAAUUGCGAUAAGAAUUGCGUACGUCGGUGGCAGGGUAAUGUGCACGAUGAAUUCUUCUUUGAUUAGAAAAUAAUAUCAAUUAUACCAUCAAAGAUCUAACGAGGAGAUAAUGGCUUCGUAGAUACCUAUAUAGGUAUAAGAGAACAGCGUUGGUGGGCGGGACGAAUACUCUUGUAGCUUCACAAUGUGACAAAUUUCAUCAACUUAUAUAAUGUUGUACAUAUGCACUGUUAACGAUUGGCUGACCUGCGUUUAAAUUGGAUAUAAACACGGCGAGGGAACUGCUUGGAGGGGGAAAAUCGGUUCGGCUAUUCAUUCACGUGCUAGAUGCAGAGACUCAGUAUUAUACGUGACUCGAUUCCUUGCCAGACGCGAAAACAUCCAGAGACCGGAGGAACUGCAGAACCGCGAUCCUCAACAAUUUGUCUCCUCUUGAAUUUAACCCAGUGGGCUUUGUUCAGUGAUCGGCGUAGAAGGACAAUCCCAAAGUAUUAUCGAAUUUGAGAAUAUAGGGAAUAUACUUUUAUACAACUUUUGACAAAACUUAGAUGAGCGUGCAGGGCGCAGAAAUUGGCAGUGAGAUAAUUCCUGGGCUACCUAUAAUAAUCUGCGAUCGUUUUGACGGCCUUUUACGACGAAGAAGAGGAAGACUUUUGACGACAAGAUGAGCUGCUCUUCGGCACCGACUGCUGUUAACAAGGGCUGCGAGACCCUUCUGAGCAAAUGCGAGAUCCCGAUUAUAGACCUCGAGCAUAUGGGGACGGAACGCUGUCCCCAAAAAGGAGUUGUUAAACAAGUUGCUCCGAAGCUUCUUAAAGCACUUUCCGAAAGAGGAUUGGCCCUUCUUGUUAACCACGGGAUACCGGACUGCAAGCUGAAAGCGGUUUACAGAGCGUUGGAUGGAUUUUGCGAAUUACCUGACGAGGAGCGCGUCAAGUAUGAAAGAAAUUCGGCAUCUAAUCACGGCUACGUGAAACCUGGACUGGAAAAAGCUUCGGAAGACGACGAGAAGGAGUCGAGACAUGCGUUCAACGUAACUGGGAGCGGCGGUGUUUUGCCGGAAAAGGAAGUUCCCGGUUUUCGCGAUGCGGUCGACGAACUUGCCCGUGAUUUAAAAUCUCUCUCUGCGAUGCUUCUAACCACCCUCGCCGUGGCGCUUGAACAACCGGCGGAUUUCCUGCUUUCGAAACACACCAAAAUUUUGGGCCCAGGCAACGAAUCCACCUUGCGUCUACUAUAUUAUCCACCACUGGGAGCUCCUGUUCCAGGACUAACGCGUUGCGGUGCCCAUCGAGAUUACGGAACUUUCACGUUACUCGCACAGGACAGCGAAGGUGGUCUUGAGGUGCAAACGCCUCACGGCGAGCGUUGGAGUCGUGUUGGUCAUCUGCCGGGUGCGAUAUUGGUGAACACCGGUGACAUAUUGGCCGCAUGGACGAGAGAUCAGCUUCCAGCCCUUCGACACAGAGUCGUGAUACCAGAGUUGUGCGGUCGAGGACGUCAUUCGAUAGCAUUUUUCGUUCAUCCGGACAACGAUACGCGGAUAGAACCGCUGGACACUAAAUUGACUACCAGCGUUCAGGAAUCAGCGCCGUGCAGACUGCAGAAGAAGAAGAACGGCGUUCUGACCGCCUACCAACACCUUCAACGUCGGUUUCGGGAAACAUACGCGUCUUAACGAAAAUUUUCCUUUCCUUCCGUUUGUCUUAUUUAAUUAAAGUAUACCUUCAAAGCGAAAUGUAAUUUCUUUUUUGCUGUUUUCUUGGUCGCUUCGAUGCCGAUCGAUCGGCUUGUAUUAUCCGCACAUGCGAUUUAUACUUAGGUGUGGAGUUAUUGUUACUCGUUACCGUUAAUGAUUUUUUCCUUCGUACACAGUAUGUAUUGUUAUUAUUAUCAUCUUUAUUUUUAUUACUAUAAAAUUGAUAAUACGAUAUACAUAGCGUAUAAUAUCGUUUGCAGUACGGUCGCGGGUUUAAUUUUUAUCAUUGUUAUUAUUUUACGAAAUAACAAACCGCGGGUUUAAUUCACGGUGAUGAAAUACCUAUCGCGCUGAGAAAUUUCAAUAUACAAUACACGCGCGUGAAAAAGAAGAGAUGUAUUUAUUGGACAGAGAACGAGGUUUUUAUUUUUCAUUUUACAAUACCGAAUACGCCUUGUGUAUGAACUUGAUAAGGGCUUACGUUUUAUUGACGUGGACGCAGCGAUUCAAGAAGAUCGGUUCAUCCGUUUUUCUUAUCUCCUAGUUAGAUGAAUUCAAUGUACUUGUAUCAUGCAAAUGCCGUGGGGUAGUUAUUAUUAUUAAUAUUGUUGUUGUUGCUUUUACUCCCGAACACAUGAGAAAGAAAAUUAAGUCAGCAUUGCUCAUGCCUCUAUUUUUUUUCAUCCUUAGUUUGUCUACUUAAAUCUUUUAAUGAUAACGUAGUUCAUCUUGGAAAUAAAUGAAAUAUUGAU